AGUUAAGAGAUGUCAGUUCAGGUUGAAUGGAGGCGCACAUGAAAAAGUCUCAGUGCAGACACUGGGGCGGUCUCUACCUUUUUCCCAGUUCAGCCUUUGUGUGCUUUGGGCUAACAGCGGCCAUCGGCAUCCUUCCACCUGAGCUUAUCACCUGCUGACACUCCGAGCCAGCCACAGAGCAGCUCCUGUUAGCGGGGCAGCAGCGUUCUCCUUAUAGGAUAUGAAAAUCUAUUACUCACCUAGUUAUACAAGGAGUCGUUUUAUUAAACUGGAAAAUUAUUGCCGGCUUCCCAGUGGAACCAAAUUCCUCUUUUGAUGAGUGAGCUCAGAGGUAAACGUUGCAGCUUCCUACCAUUUGUUUAGCCAGAAGUGCUCUUUUAAGUCAUUUUAUCAGAAAUCUCAUUAGCGAGCGGAAUUUUUACGAGUAAGACCUUGUGCAGUGCCGUGUGCUUUAUUUUAAUUCGCCGUGUUUGGAGAUGGGUUUGUUUUGGGGAGGGUCGUGUAAUGCUGUUGUUGAGAUACUGAAGAUUUAUACAACAGGCAGACCUCCUUGGAAAGGACAAAACGUAGCACCAGCCUUGCCUUGCCCCUCGCGUGUGGGGUGAGGUGGCUCCCAGAAGGACGGCUGGGUGGCGGAGAGCCGAGGGAGAGGACGGCCAAGGCGAGGAGGGCAAGAUGCUGCCAAGAUUGGAGGGCUGGGAGGGACAGGGACGUGGGGCAGCGGUGGGAAGGGGCGAGCGUUGCGGAGGUGCGGGGAGCUCGGGGGGAGCGCUCCCACUGCCACCAUUGGGGUCCUGCCCUCAGCGGGGUGUGCGGCGGCGGGGCUGGGGAGGAGGGAGCCCCUCUGCAGCUGUCACGGGCCCCUGAUGAAUCACUGUCCCGGCACUUGGCCGCCGUCCCUGCGCGAGGAGGAGGGAGAGGGACCUGCGAGGAAACAACAGGCGAGCCUUCAAUUUAAAGACAAUAUGUCUUUCACCGGCACCGUGCCCUCCUCCUCUCCGUUUUGGUUUAAAGGACAGAAUCGUCAUCUGCGGUGAUGAUCUUUUGUUUAAAUUAAGGCCUCGCGUGAAAGCGGAGUAAUAGAGGCUUCUGUUUGUCUCCCUGGUUUACAGGUGCAGAAGUCCCAAACCAGUUCAGAUGUUGCUGUUUCCUCCAGUUGCAGGUCUAUGGAAAUGCAGGAUCUAGCCAGCCCACACAGCCGACUAAGUGGUAGUAGUGAAUCCCCCAGUGGUCCAAAGCUUGAUAACUCUCAUAUAAAUACCAAUUCCAUGACACCCAAUGGCACAGAAGUUAAAACAGAACCAAUGAGCAGCAGUGAGAUUGCUACUACUACUACUACCACAGACGGGUCUUUAGACAAUUUCUCAGGAUCAGCAAUUGGAAGCAGUGGUUUCAGCCCAAGACAAACACACCAGUUCUCCCCACCACAGAUUUACCCUUCCAACAGACCAUACCCACAUAUUCUUCCCACCCCUUCUUCGCAAACGAUGGCUGCAUAUGGGCAGACGCAGUUUACAACAGGGAUGCAACAAGCUACAGCUUACGCCACCUACCCACAGCCCGGCCAGCCCUAUGGAAUCCCUUCUUAUGGUGCAUUGUGGGCAGGCAUCAAGACAGAAGGUGGAUUGUCACAGUCCCAAUCACCCGGACAGACAGGAUUUCUAAGCUACAGUGCCAGCUUUAGCACACCUCAACCUGGACAAGCUCCCUAUAGCUACCAGAUGCAAGGCAGCAGCUUCACAACAUCAUCAGGAAUAUAUGCAGGAAAUAAUUCACUCACAAAUUCUACUGGAUUUAAUAGUUCACAGCAGGAAUAUCCCUCUUAUCCCAGCUUUGGCCAAGGCCAAUAUGCACAGUAUUAUAAUAGCUCACCAUAUCCCUCACAUUACAUGACAAACAGCAACACCAGCCCAACGACACCCUCCUCAAACGCAACAUACCAGCUUCAAGAACCACCAUCUGGCAUCACCAGUCAAGCAGUUACAGAUCCUGCAGCAGCAGAAUACAGUACAAUUCACAGUCCAUCAACACCCAUAAAAGAUUCAGAUUCAGAUAGAUUGCGUCGUAGUUCAGAUGGGAAAUCUCGUGGACGUGGCAGAAGAAACAACAAUCCUUCACCACCACCUGAUUCUGACCUAGAGAGAGUAUUCAUUUGGGAUUUGGAUGAGACAAUCAUCAUUUUCCAUUCCUUGCUUACAGGGUCCUAUGCUAACAGAUAUGGAAGGGAUCCACCCACCUCAGUGUCUCUUGGACUUCGAAUGGAAGAGAUGAUUUUCAAUUUGGCAGACACGCAUCUAUUCUUUAAUGAUUUAGAAGAAUGCGACCAGGUUCACAUCGAUGACGUGUCUUCGGAUGACAAUGGUCAAGACUUAAGCACCUAUAACUUUGGAACGGAUGGCUUUCCCGCAGCUGCCACCAGCGCUAAUUUGUGCCUCGCGACGGGGGUGCGUGGAGGAGUGGAUUGGAUGAGAAAAUUGGCAUUCCGCUACAGACGAGUAAAAGAAAUAUAUAAUACCUACAAAAACAAUGUUGGAGGUCUUCUUGGUCCAGCAAAAAGAGAGGCUUGGCUACAACUAAGAGCAGAAAUUGAAGCUUUGACGGAUUCUUGGUUAACACUUGCACUGAAAGCACUCACCCUUAUUCAUUCAAGGACAAAUUGUGUGAAUAUCCUUGUAACAACUACACAACUAAUUCCAGCUCUGGCAAAAGUCUUGUUGUAUGGAUUAGGGGUUGUAUUUCCCAUAGAGAAUAUUUACAGUGCAACUAAAAUAGGAAAGGAAAGUUGUUUUGAGCGAAUAAUUCAAAGAUUUGGAAGAAAAGUAGUGUAUGUGGUUAUAGGAGAUGGUGUCGAAGAAGAGCAAGGCGCUAAAAAGCAUGCUAUGCCAUUUUGGAGGAUCUCAAGCCACUCUGACCUUAUGGCCCUUCACCAUGCCUUGGAACUGGAGUACUUGUAGCAGCUCAGCAGCACUUUGAAACCCCAGAGCCUCCUUCUGCCCAUGGACGGUAUGCCUGUGUCUUGUGUCAGCAUUGGACUACAGAACUUUGUGAUUUCAACAUGUUGACGUACAGCUGCAAUUGGUCUUAACCCUUGCCCUUUCAGUAAACGGAGGAGCAUGUCUUUUUCUUCAGAACAGCUGUUGACUCUGGUACUGCGAGUCCAACAAAAAUAAGCCAUGCAAAUGUUUUAACAGCUCAUCUUUACUAUAUUUGCUACCAAAAAGAAAUGGAGAAGGAAGAAAAAGGAAAUAAAGGUUCAUACCUGUGAAAAAAGGACCUGCAAAUGCUUUGUAGUUUUUAAACUCUUCAAUGUGACACACGCCGUUUCUUCAACACAGCAAACUUGAUUGCACAAUGAAGACUGAGAUUUUUCAAAAUACCAGUGGAGUAAUUUUCUUCUAAAGAAGGUUUACUUUUUGGUUUCUCAUACCCAGGGUACUCUGUACAUCUUUACUUAUUUAUGAAUAGACUGUAUUUUGACAUCAUAUAACUGAGGAUAUGUGUAAUAGGAAUAAAGGCUAUUAUAAGCCUUUGCCUUACGAUACAGCAACUACUUUUGAUUUUAGCACAUUACAGAGUAGUUUAAAAUAUGUCUAAUUUAAACUAAUAGGUACAUCACUGAGACAAUCAUGUACAGGAAGAAUUUUUGUGUAAAUUUGUAAUAAUGAAUGAUUCUUUUACAUAUUGUUAAGGUAAAUGCUAUUGAAAGAUAGUAAUGCCUUGUUGGUGAAGAAUGAGGCUACGUGUGCACAAAAUGUUGUGCAGUGCCUUGUCAACACGUUGGAUAUAAAUAUGUAGAUAAUGGAUUUUUUUAGAUAAAUUUGUCAAGACCAAAAGCAUGGAUGUCAAGUGUCAAUAGGAAUUGGGUUUUGUUCUUUUCAGCUAUUUCUCUACCUUUUUCCUCUCUCAUCUAUUCUGAUUAUGAAAAGAUUUUCUUUCCCCCCAUUAAGGAAGUAUAGAUAAAACACAACCGAAGAGGAGUACUUUGCUGUCUUCUGUUUGCUCUCUUAAUGCUUUUUUAGAGUAUUGACAAAUGAAUUAGCAGAUUCCAUAAAGAAAUAGAGAACACAGAUAUAUUUUAAGACAUGAUUUAAACUGGAAUCUGAGUACCAACUAGUUUAUGUCUCAUCCAAAAAUAAAGGAAAUUAUUGUGAUCAUUAUUUUUAGAAAUUAGAAAUGGUAAUAUUUUGGAGAAAUUGAACAAGAUACUCAUAUACAUUUAAGGUUUUUAAUCCUCUUCCACCAGGAGUCAGAUUUUCCUAAGAUAUAACAUCCAUUGCCGGCAAUGGAAAUACAGAAAUAGUUAUUGCCAAGGAGUUAAAAUUUGCUUUUGUCUAUAUCCAUUUACAGGACAAACCUAGACCGUGUCUGUCUGUGACUUGUGACUUUUCUAAUCUUGAAGGCCAUGAGGUACUUGAUCAGAUAAACUGUUAGUCUUACUAUUUGACGUGAAUUGUACCAAUUCCCUUUGCUUGAUUCAAAUCUCUUCAUUAAAAAGAAGCAUUGGAUUUGUUGUUUCAUUCUCCAGCUUUGUUUUCUUUUUUUUUCUUCUUCUUCUUUUUUUUUUUUUUUUCACUAAAAACACCAGCCUUGAAACAACUACCUGCAAAGCCACAAAGCACCAAUGUAGUUGCAAAGAAACACCAUCCUUUAUUGGGGGAAUCCUGUUGCUGCUAGAAUUAAAUGUUUGUGAAUUGCUUUAUUACCGACAAAGAGGUUUUUAUCCUACCAAGACUUUCACAUGUGCUUCACUUUACCCAGUGUACUUUAUCCAGUAUGAGUACUGGAAUUCACACGGUACUCACAUACAUACAUGAAGCACAUUGUGGAUAGUUUUUAAAACCAAGACUAUAACUAGCCCUUUCUUCAAGCAAAGUAGAUAGUAAUAGAGGUUGGUUGUCUUUUUUUUUUUUCCAUCUGUUUUCUAUAUUUAGUCACUUGCAGACUGAAAAAAACAGUUUAUCUGGGCCUUAUUGUACAAAAAGUGUGUUGUGUCCACAAUUGUGUACAGUAUUUUUCUUCAUUAAUUUUGUUUUAAAUUAAUAAAAUU